AUGGUCGGACGUCGACCAAGCACCCCCUCUCGUGCUCGACUUCCCGAGUCAUACGAGCUCCCCGCAUCACCCCGUCAACCAGCCGUUCAGGAACCCCUCCUCAAUGCAGACAACUCUUUCGCUACCACCGACCCCGACUCCACCUCCGGCUCCCUCUCACCUCUUCCCUCACAAGCACCUCGCUGGUCACGCUCCAACUCCCGCUACAGCAAUCCCGACCCAUCCCUAGACUCCAACCUCGAUCCUAACAUCUCCUCCUCCGCCCCCGCCUACAACUAUGACCAUUCCUACAACCAUUACCGAUCUUCCUCCCCGACCGCGCCCCAAGCCAUCCAGGAACGGCCCUUCACUCCACCAUUCGCCCGCUCGGCUUCCCGACCGACCUCGCUAGCCAGCUCUCACAUGCUCAGUGUUCGAUCGCAGAGCGACUAUGAUUCGAUCUAUCAGCUUUGGCGUCAGAGUGGAACACCUUCUUCCUUUAGGGACCUUGCUGGAGAUGAUGCUGCAAGUGGAUACUAUGACACGACGAGACCAAGUAGUGCUGUGGACUUGGAAAAGAUCGAACAGUACCGUUCGGGUGCGUAUGCUCCUAACUCCCCGCCAUUGGCUCAACAACCUUUGCAUAAGGGCGAGGUAGGGACGAAGGGGCCGAAGGAUUACCGUGCUGUUGGACUAGCCAAGUAUGGAAGGGGGAAAGACCAGCAGAUGUCGACAAAGAACAAGUGGUUGAUCGUUCUGGCUGUUUCAGCUGUGAUUGCUAUGCUUACUAUUGCUAUCGUCCUACCUAUCACCCAGCUCUUGCUCAAGUCGGACAGUAGGAGUGCUAAAGCUGGGCAAGGCUCCGGCUCCUCUUCUGGCGGGUCUGAUCAAGGCUCCAACUCAGCAAGUGGCAAACAGUUUCAAGUAUGGGGCACAAAUGGAUCAACUAUCGACCUAGGCAACGGCCGCAGCUUCACCUACAUCAACCGCUUUGGUGGCAGAUGGGCUUCUCAGCCGUUUGAUAACUCUGCCCAAGCACAGAACUAUACGCCGCCACUAGAUCAAGAAUUCGACUUUGCGCGCAAUCGUAUGCUUGGCGUUAACCUCGGCGGAUGGCUCGUCACAGAACCUUUCAUCGUUCCAGCUCUCUACGAGCUCUAUGAAAACACUUCCAGCCCAGCAGUGGACGAGUUUACCCUUUCCCAAAAGUUUCUCCAGGAGGGAGGCCAGGAUAACUUGCGCGCUAAGAUGACGCAACACUACGAUACCUUUAUCACCGAAGAGGACUUCGCUCGGAUUGCUGGUGCGGGUCUCAACUGGGUUCGACUACCGAUUGGCUUCUGGGCCCUGGAGACGUAUGCAAAUGAGCCGUUUUUGGAGGGUGUAGCAUGGAACUACGUCCUCAAAGCAAUCCAGUGGGCGAGAAAGUACGGUCUGCGAAUCAACCUCGACUUGCACGCAGUCCCCGGCUCACAGAACGCCUACAACCACUCCGGUCGAGUGGGCUUCAUCAACUUCUUGCAGGGCUUGAUGGGCAAAGCUAACGGCGAGCGAACAAUCAACUAUAUUCGACAAAUCACCCAGUUCAUCUCCCAAGCCGAGAUCCGUCCUGUAGUACCCAUGUUCUCUGUCAUCAACGAACCCUAUGCCAUCUCUAUCGGCCAACCAGCCCUCCAAUCCUGGUACUCCCAAAUCUACACCACCAUCCGAAACAUCACAGGCACCGGCGCAGGUAAGGGACCCUAUAUCACCAUUCACGAUGGUUUCCUCCCCCUCUCCAACUGGCAAGCUUUCCUUUCUGGCGGAGACCGAAUUGCAUGGGAUACCCACCCGUACAUCUGUUUCGGUCAACAAAACAACGAUCCUUGGGACACUCAGGUCAUGAAACCCUGCAAGCAAUUCACCCCACUCCUAGACAAUGCACGAUCGAACAUGGGUGUAAGCAUGGGCGGAGAAAUGUCGCUCGCCAUCAACGAUUGUGGGUUGUUCCUAAAUGGUGUAGGCGAUGGAUCUCGGUACGAUGGAACAUACUCCGGUCCUACUCCGGGUAAUUUCCCGAGGAUUGGUAGCUGUCAGCCGUUCGAUGACUAUGAGAACUAUAGUGCCGAGAUGAAGCAAGGUUUGCGAAGGUUUGCGUUGACAAGUAUGGAUUCUUUGCAAGAUUUCUUCUUCUGGACUUGGCGGAUUGGUAAUUCGCUCCGCACAGGUAAACCGACUGCUCCCAUGUGGAGUUACUCGCUCGGGCUGGAACAGGGUUGGAUGCCAACCAACCCGCUGGGUGAGAGUCAUGGCGCUUGCCAAGCCCAAGCUUCGCGCAUUGGAACAAGUGUUGCCACCGCCACAUGGGGUCGCGCUUUCCAGAGUUGGCAGACUGGUCGCGCAGGAAGCUACAACCCCGAUACAGGAGCCAAUCCCUGGCCACCGCAAAGCAUCGUCAGUGCAAAUCGUGCUGUUAACCAACUUGCCAGCUACACAGCGACUAAACCCAUUACCCCACUCGCAACUCCAACCUUGACGAGGACGGCAACGUUGGCAGGUGAGCCAACAGCUCCACCAACACUCAGUGGAUGGUUCAACGGAGACCAGAACUCGCCCUUUUAUACGGCGAUUGGCGGCUGUAGCUAUCCAGAAGAUCAGUAUAACUUGGGUGCGUUCGACGCUAAUGGUUGGCCUUGCAGCGGCGGUGGUGUUAAACAGAGGAGGGCGGAGCCCACUGCUCUGCCGUAG